GAAGUUCCGCGUGGCUGCCUGCUGACGCUGACGGAGGCGAGGUUUAGUUAACUUCAUCUUGUAAAUGGCAAGUGCUAAAUACCAAAAGCUUUGACACGGAAGAAAAUGAAGAGAAACCUAAAUGAAAGUUCAGCCCGAAGUACAGCAGGCUGUUUGCCUGUGCCAUUGUUCAAUCAGAAAAAGAGGAACAGACAGCCAUUAACUUGUAAUCCACUUCAGAAUGAUCCAGGUGUCAGUACUGUUUCGGACAGUUAUGGUUCCCCUUCUUUUCCAACAGAUUGGGCAUGGGAAGCUGUGAAUCCAGAGGUGGCUCCUUUAAAGAAAACAGUGAAUACAGGGCAAAUACCAGCUUCUGCUUCUUAUCCCCGGAGAAGUCAAGAUUCUGUGUCUAAAUCUAUUCAGUCAAAUGCUGAGAGAAGCCAAAGUACCUGGGGUUACAGAGGCAACAACAGAAACACUAGCUCGAGAACUUGGGAUUUCCGACCUCAGCAUAAAACUGUAAGCCCUGCGGCAAACAGUGAGUUCAGUUCUUGUCCAGUGAAUUUGGGAGCUCAACAACAAAAACAGUUCCAAACAUCUGAAUUUCCUAACUUACCUGGACAUAAAGAAGCCGAAGUACCCCGACAAACAUGUUUAUCAAAGCUGCCUGGCUCUACAAUGAAAGGCCCAGACAGAGCCAGUGCACUGCAGGCAUUUAAACCAAGUUUUCAACAAAAUCCACUUAGGAAAACAGUGUUGGGAGAUAUUCCAAGAGAAAAUUCUCUGAAGGAAGGUACUUUGCAUCAGUUAAAGGAAAAAGAUAAUUCUUUAAGAAUUAUUUCUGCAGUUAUUGAAAGCAUGAAGUAUUGGCGAGCACAAGUGCAGAAAACUGUACUUCUUUUUGAAAUAUUGGCUGUCCUGGAUUCAGCUGUCACGCCUGGCCCACAUUAUUCAAAGACUUUUCUUAUGAGAGAUGGGAAAAAUAUUCUUCCAUGUGUAUUUUAUGAAAUUGAUCGUGAACUUCCAAGACUGAUUAGAGGCCGAGUUCACAGAUGUGUUGGACACUAUGACCCAGACAAGAACAUUUUCAAGUGUGUUUCUGUCAGACCAGCAUCUGCUUCUGAACAGAAGACUUUCCAAGCAUUUGUUACAAUUGCAGAUGCUGAGAUGAAGUAUCAUACUAAAGUAAUGAAUGAAAUGUAAAUAGUGAUGAAGGGAAUUACACAGUAUGAGCAGGAGCAUUUGCUGUUAUUACUUUACCACUUGCAUGGUUUUAUCACUUUUGUUUUUGUAUUUCACUU